AACGCCUUUACCGGAAAAUUAUCAUAUGCUUUAAGAACGAAGAAUGUAUCUGUUAAAGCGAUUCUUAAUACAAAUAUACAGGGAGAAGCAAUAGUAAAAUCUUACAAAACAUCAAAAUUUUUGACCCGCAAAUCACGGAACCUCAUCGUUGAGAUCAUUUUAACAGAAUUGAUGAAUGAAACGUGCCACUUGACGAACGAAGAUUUCCAACAUCUAGCAGAGGCGAUAGUAAAAGAUUUUCCCACCGAAGCUGUUCCCACGUAUUACAUUCCCGCGAUUCCUAAAAAGUUAUCUCGCGUUGGAAAAUCUGUAAUUUCCCGUGGCAAAUUGGUGGACAAAUACCGAAAUAAACUACGUCUAUUGAAACGCAUUCGCGUGGGUAAUCCACUGGCAGAAAUUACAAAUUUUCAGACGACCGAAUCUUCCCUUCAUGAUCCUAAUACAGAAACUAUUCGUGAAGCUGAAGGAUGGCUCAAAAGCCAUUCCACGCCGUGGGAAAUCGUCGUUGGCAAAUGGAAACUUACUGCUGAAUAUCGGCAUAAAAUCAUAAAAUCGGACCGGGGUUUGAAAGUAUGCGAAAUUUUUGAACGUUGGCCCAUCCUAAAACAUCCAAAUGCACACAAGCUAAUCGAGGAGGACUACGCAUUUUUGAAUCUGCCAGCGCUAAAACUAACGCUAGAAAGUUGGAAAACUUUUUUUGAAAAAAUCUUGAUAAUUCGCCCACCAAAGAAAGAUGACGACAAUGCGCAAUCUCUAUUAGAAUUGCUUGAACACGAAAAAUUGAACGACAAUAGCAAAAUCGUUCUGCAGUUAAGACUGCUACCCCACUUGCUUCCACCGAAAGGUCGCAUUCACCUAAAAAAAAAGCAAUGGAAACCUUCAAUAACAGAGAGCAAGGAUAGCCUGGUAAUUCAAACAACAGUAAGUAUCAUGAUAAUCAAAAUCCGAGGGGUGUCUCACUCAUCAAAAAUUUGUACAUGUAUUGCGAAUUACCGGGAAAUCCAAGUAAUUCCAAGUAAUUCCAUAUAAUGCGUGUAUAAUUCUAAGUAAUGCGACAUAAUUACAUGUAAUAUGAAACAAUUCCGUGCAAUAUAAAGUAAUUCCAUGUAAUAUUAUAUGUAACGUAAAGUAAUUCUAUGUAAUGUAUUUGUUUAUAAUUUUUUGUUUUGCAAAUAUAGUAGGUAGUAUACAGGAUGUUUUGCAGUUUGGAUAUCCAAACUAAAUAUUUUUCUUAUUUAUUAAAAUACUAAUUUGAAGUUUUGCAAAAUGUCAAUACUAUAGUAUCUAUAAUAACAUCUUAUAAAAUUUUUUGUAUCGUUUCUGAUUUCAUCGAAAAUGAUGUCAACUCUUUUUUCAAAUGAAAUACCAUAUUUAAAUAUUAGUACUAUUUAAUUUAUUAAAAAAAAUACAAU